AGUCAUUUGUUUACCCCUCUGGUCAGUGCAGCAGCGGUGUGAACAGUCACAUGUGAAGGAGCUGAUGCUGGUGGCCUGUACAGAAAUGUCUGCGGGGGAGGAAGAAAAAGACGGGAGCAAGAACGUCGGCCCUGGAACCAAAAUGAAUACACAGCUGAUCCAAUUAAUUCCUGUUUAAUAAGAAUAAGAAUGCCUUUAUUAGUCCCACAGUGGGGAAGUUUCACCUCACAACAGCAACGUACAAAGACACAUCCAUGAACAGUGUGUUUGCUCUGUGGUUCAGUUGUAGUAAGAAGUAGUCAUUACAUCUGUGCCAUAUUUUGUGUGACUAAAUUCAAAGACAGAAAGUUGAUUCUCUGUGCCUUUAUCAGCUCACUCAAACUGAAGAGUUUGAGAAACUAAAAUGGAAAAUAUAAGUGUCAGCUUCUUGUAAAUAUGGAUAUUCGCUUCUUUUUAACAGAUCUUGGUCUUUGUGUAACUGUAAGAAUUACCUGUAAGAGGCAGGUGUCUGAUCGAUGUUGACGUUCCCACAGCUUCCGAUGAAUAAGUUGGUUGUUGUUGUUGUUGUUUAUGUAUGAUUAUUUCUGCUGCCAUGUGAUCGUUGGAGGAGAACAGAUACAGCCAUAGUCAAUUGCUCUUAUAUGCGUGUGUGGUAGCGUUCAUCUGCCUUUAAUCUCCUCCGUGCUGCAUGCUUUACAAGCUGGCAUGGGUUCAGAAUUAAAAGAAAGCGGUCGGAGGCGGGCGAGACACAAGCGCUGCCCAACGAUUAACCUGAACUAAUAGGAGGCUGAACACCUCGCUUUCUCACGCCCGGGUGAGACGAGCACAAAAUACAGGCGUUCUCAGCGUGGAUCUAUGUGUACAGUACGUUCUGUCAGGAAAUAACGGUGUGAUCAACAGCUCCUGCUCAGGAGUAGCAGUCAAACUGGUUCCCAGCGAGGCCGCUCAUACGGUACAUGACACUGUGUCUGGUCCUCAGUGGCUGUGGGAGCAGGGAUGUCGUCCCAGACAUAGAUGUUGGACCUCGCUGGAUGUUUGCAUGCAGGGAAGCUGCUGUAGGUGUGUGUUUACGUGCUUGUCAGAUUUUUUAUCAUGCUGAGCAGACUGGUGAGGAAACACUGGACAUGAACUGGGAAGGACGUCUAGUUGUGCUUAAAAAGGGUUUGAUCACUUGAUUCUAUAUAGAAUAAUGUAUUUUAGAUGGUGAUGCUGAUUUGAAGGUGAUGUGAGCUGAGCAGGAGUCUGAGCAGCCAGUGAAGGACUCCACAGAAGGCCCCUGCAGAUAAGAUGAGGCCUUGUUGCAAGGACUGGAAAGCACUCAAACGCCAAGGCAGCGAACGAGAACUCAUCUGGCAUCAAGCGAAUCCAAUCACUUUUCGCUGGUAGAUGAGAAGCGGAUGAAAAGCGUCGCGAGCCACAGGCUGUCAGUGCAGUCGGGCUCGGCGCCGGCGGCCGCGGUGACGUCGCCCCCGCGGAGCCUCCGACUCCAAACAGUGUGCAGAGCUCCAAAGGUCGCGCCUGCUCACAGUGAUCAGACGUUGGCGCGUGAAGCCUAAACAGGUCUUUCAGUUCUGCAGCCGUAACGUAAACCAACUCGUCAUUUUCACAAUCUACAAUUACUGGAGACCGUAAAAGCGCCUUUAGAGGACUCUCUAUGUACCGUAACGCUGUUAAGUUGUGCUCACCAUUAUAUUUGAUGGCGGAGGCCUCCGCGAUGAAGUCAUGUUUAAUCUUAGUCAUAACAACGCGAGCGCGGUGCUGUAUAUGUGCGGUACUGUGGGCACCUGAGCCCCGGAGAGUGAGGGUUUAUUUACACAAAGCCAACAUCACAAAGAGCUCGGCUAAAACAGGCAGCGUGAGCGCAGCGGCUCCGCUUUCAGCAGGUUGGAGACUGAAGGUCUGAUAAGACGAGCUGAGGAUGGAGCCAGCUGCAGCUCCAGCCGCUGUGGUGGAAUUAUUCCUCGUGUAGGUGACAAACCUUCAGAACAAAGGCCCCAGGACUCGCCUGAGCUCAUCCUCCUCCUUCCUGUCCUGUUUCCCAUCUCGCUGCUGUCUUGAACAGAUUUUGAUAUUUUUUCACGAGAAGCCCAGCCGUGAGCCCUGAUAUAUUAGCGGCCUUUCUUUGUGUGCGGUUGCACCCUGUGUUGUUGCACUGAUUGUCCAUCUACUUCGGCGCUCUCCUCAUUAGAUUGACCUCGUUUCAGGCCAACAUGAAAGUGACUCCAGCUCCUCUUUCCAGGAAUCUCUUCAUAUGCAUAUGAAAACAGCUGUGACGUGAGGUCCACAUGUGACACCUCCCUAAACAAACUACCUCAGACUGACACUGUGGGUAUUUUAGCGCCAUCGCUCUUGAUCCACUGCAUCAUUGCUUUGUCCAUAAAACUGUGAAACCCGAGUAGACACCUGUAGCACAUCACUUUAAAGGAAGCAGCCAAUGAGCUUGUAUAAAUAUUCAUUGAUUUCAUUUGAUAGGAUGUGGUUUUGGUUUUACUCGGCAUUGGACUGGAGGUGUGGAACAUCUGCAGGAUUUGUGGCUUGUUCAACCAUCAGGGGCCUCCAAGGUUUGAGCAUAAACAUGCCGAUUUUAGGCAUUUGCUCAUUUGUCUUCUUCAACCUUCCUUAUCUGUGAAGUAUUAAGUUUCUUUACACCAAAGAGGCAUUGCACAUUUUUACUCCAGGACAUGUUCACUAGAGCUGUACCUCCUUCAUGGCCGUUUAUAUCUGCAUUGGACUGGUUUCGGGCUGCACCUGUCUUUGAUUUGAGAACCAUGGGUCUCUGCCCGAGCGACGAGGCAUCCGGUUUGAAGGGCCUCAUCAUGCCGUGUGUUUAGAAGCUCCGGAAACCUAAGCUCCUUUUCUUUUCCUCUGGCUUUUCAAAUGUGUUGUCGCACCCAAGGGCUCCAGCUGACGCUAGCAUUUAGUUAGCGGUGGAGACUACCUGUGGGUGGGAGUGUGUCCCACCGACAAAUAACACCGUAAUGACGGGUGGUUGAGUCCCCAAGUCCUGUUUACCCGUCUGCUUUAGUGACUCAGCCUCUGAAAUCCCCCCCCCCGUCUUCUUCUCUGCUCUGAUACGGCGGACACCUCAUGGUCGGACAGCUGAUUCACUAAAUGCGGCGUAAGCAUGCGUGUCCGCGCAUAUGCUCGACGGAUGCACAUGUAGCUGAGUCGCUUAUUCACACCCCGAAUGACGCAUGGGUUUAAGACUGGCUGCAAAGGCGCACACACACAUAUAAACCGGAGUGUUGUGCUCCUGCGGCGGGAUUACGCAGGUAAACCUGUGAGUUCAAUCUGUGGCUGGCUGCUAAUUCCCUCUAAAGAGGUUUGCAGCAGACAGCUCCGUCGUGUGCAGCUAAUGUAAAUAUGCGUGUUCGGGGUAGAAGCAGCCGCGCAUUCUGAAGCCAACUGCUUGUUGUAGGGACCAGACGUCUUGUCUCGGGGCGUUUCGAAACCUCAAAACUGCAAGUGGGCAUUAGGAGAGGAGAUUAAAUGUGAAGUGCAGCAGGGGGCGACGCUUGUGCGCGGGAAAACCAAUAUGCCAAUAUGCUUCUGGACAUCAACGGUAAAAUGGUCUCUGCUACGGAAGAAUGUGUCGGGCCGAUGAGACUGACUCAGGAGCCGAUUCAGGUCCUGCUGGUCUUUGCCAAGGAAGACAGCCAGAGCGACGCCUUCUGGUGGGCCUGCGACCGCGCUGGCUUCCGGUGCAACAUCGCGAGGACGCCCGAGUCGGCCGUUGAAUGCUUCCUGGACAAGCACCACGAGAUCGUCGUCAUCGACGGACGCCACUCGCGUUACUUCGACCCAGAAGCGGUCUGCCGGUUGAUCCGUGCCACCAAGCCCUCAGAAAACACUGUGGUUCUAGCUGUUGUGCCACAAAAAGCUCCUGACCAGGAGGAGCCAUCUGUUCUUCCCCUCCUCUGCGCUGGAUUUAGCAGAAGGUUUGUUGAGAACAGCAGUGUGUCAGCCUGCUAUAAUGAACUCAUACAGAUUGAACAUGGGGAGGUGCGCUGCCAGUUCAAACUCAGGGCUUGUCACGCGGUCUUCACUGCUCUGGACCAGUGUCAGGAAGCUGUGGAGAUCACCAGCGAGAACCACAUAAUACAGUAUGUGAACCCGGAGUUCGAGCGGAUGAUGGGCUACCAGAAGGGGGAGCUGAUUGGGAAAGAACUGACUGAACUCCCCAAGAGCGACAAGAACAGAGCCGACCUGCUGGACACCAUCAACACCUGCAUCAAGAAAGGAAAGGAGUGGCAGGGCAUCUACUAUGCCAGAAAGAAGUCAGGAGAAAGCGUCCAGCAGCAUGUGAAGAUAACGCCCGUCAUCGGCCAGGGAGGGAAAAUUCGGCAUUUCGUCGCCAUCAAGAGGCCUCACACUGACAACAACAAUCAGGUCCACAGGUCCAACAAGGAGGAGCGAUGCAGUGGGGAGCUGUCUCAGUCAGAGUGCAAUUCUCUGCGCCACAGAGACCGGAGGAAAGACUCCAUUGAUGCCAGAUCGCUCAGCUCCCGUGGCAGCGAUGCUCCCAGUUUACAGAAUCGAAGAUAUUCCUCAGUCGCCAGGAUUCACUCCAUGACUAUCGAGGCUCCCAUCACCAAGGUGAUAAACAUCAUCAACGCAGCCCAGGAGAGCAGUCCGGUGACGGUGGCCGAGGCUCUGGACCGCGUGCUGGAGAUUCUGAGGACCACUGAGCUCUACUCCCCACAGCUCGCCUCCAAAGAGGACGACCCCCACACCAACGACCUGGUUGGGGGUCUCAUGAGCGAUGGACUACGAAGACUCUCUGGAAAUGAAUACGUCUUCUCCAAAAACAUGAGCCAGAGCCAGCUGGCCAUCCCCGUCACUCUGAACGACGUCCCUCCGUCAAUCGCCGAGAUGCUGAACGACGAGGAGCGCUGGGAGUUCAACAUCCUGGAGCUGGAGGCGGCGACGCACAAGAGGCCGCUGACCUACCUGGGCUUGAAGACCUUCACCAGCUUCGGCGUGUGCGAGUUCCUGAACUGCUCGGAGGCGACGCUGCGCUCGUGGCUGCAGCUGAUGGAGGCCAGCUACCACUCGUCCAACUCCUACCACAACUCCACGCACGCCGCCGACGUCCUGCACGCCACCGCCUACUUCCUGCGCAAAGAGAGAGUCAAGAGCAACCUGGACCAGCUGGACGAGGUGGCGGCGCUGAUAGCGGCCACGGUGCACGACGUGGACCACCCCGGCAGGACCAACUCCUUCCUGUGCAACGCCGGCAGCGAGCUGGCCGUCCUCUACAACGACACGGCCGUGCUGGAGAGCCACCACGCCGCCCUCGCCUUCCAGCUCACCGCCCGCGACGCCAAGAGCAACAUCUUCAAGAACAUCGACAGGAACCAGUUCCGGACGCUGCGACAGGCCAUCAUUGACAUGGUGCUGGCCACAGAGAUGACCAGGCACUUUGAGCACGUCAGCAAGUUUGUCAACAGCAUCAACAAACCCAUGGCUGCCAUAGAGGAGACCAGCACCAGCAGCGUGAGCAGUGACUGCGAGGGCCAGGCCAACCACAGGAACUCCCCAGAGAACCGGCUGCUCAUCAAGCGCAUGCUGAUCAAGUGUGCGGACGUGGCUAAUCCCUGCAGACCCCUGGAGCUGUGCAUCGAGUGGGCCGGACGCAUCUCAGAGGAGUACUUUGCACAGACGGAUGAGGAGAAGAGACAAGGACUGCCGGUGGUGAUGCCGGUGUUUGACAGGAACACGUGCAGCGUCCCCAAAUCUCAAAUCUCCUUCAUCGACUACUUCAUCACAGACAUGUUCGACGCCUGGGACGCCUUCGCCAGCCUGCCCGGCCUCAUGGAGCACCUGUCGGAGAAUUACAAGUACUGGAUGAGGCUGGACGAGAUGAAGUGCAAGAGCCUGCGUCCUCCCCCUCCCCCCCCAGCCCCCCCCCCCCCCCCCCCCCCCCCCCCCCCCCCCCCACGCACACGCAGCCCUGCGGGGACCACAGCGGCCCCUCUCUUCGGCUGUGGCUCCACGGAGCUCUGCUCUCCGGCGGUCGUGGGCCCCGAGGGCAGACGUUGGGGACCGAACGCAGGCCCUGUUUCUGUCAAAUCACAGCCUGUUUUCCCGCGUGGAGACGGCGUUUCUGCCGGCGGAGAACAGGCUGUGAUUUGAGGCCCCUCUACGGCAGAGCUAAGGAUUCCUGAUGGCACCUCUACGAACUGUGUGGAGCUCGCGGCUCACCUGACAAUCUGUACUCUACAGUGUAACACCACAAACCUGCACUUUAGCUAAUCAAGACAUUUCCCCCUCUCUUUCUUUGCUUUUCUAUUUUUUUUUGCCAAUUGCUCCUAAACCAUUGUGGUAAUAGGAUGGUGAGAGACCUGUUCUGUCCAUGCUUGUCCAUCUGAGAACGUGUCCUCAGACGUGAGGUGCUGAGCUAGAGCCACUCGUCCUCGCAGGUCGUCACACAUCACAAUGAAACACGCUCUGAUUGUGUCGAGGACCAAAUAAAAAGGACUUACUGAUCAGAAGGUCUUUUUGGCCUUGUUGGAACAGUGACGGGAACGAGGGGCUGCAGUUGUGGCUUUUCGGGACCAAACAGCUGUACCACAGGUGAUGUUCCUCUACAUCCUGGUGUUUUGUGUCGUGAAAGCAGCCAGUGGAUCAAAGCUCCUCUAGUUUCUUCAACUGUUAGAUGUUCCUCACAUAGCUUUGUGACACUAACUGUAGAUGCACCUCCAGUAAAAAACAACUGACAAGCAAAUCUGACAAACAAUACACGUGAGUGUGACGUGACGCCGACUGUUGCUGGACAGUGCACAAACACAUAGAGACUCAUGUUCGAUAAAUACACGACAGGGCGCCAGAUCCAAAACAACAGCGGGUGCAGAGACAGAACUCAGCUCCAGCUCUUAUGGGUUUAGUUAACGAGAUGUUUUAGCGUACCUCAAAUGUCUCCAACUGCAGUUCACUUACGUGUGGGAGAAACGGGGUUCCACAUCUUUCAUUCAUCUGUUUCACUGUCAGGCAAAGGCUGUUAUGAGAUUUCUGUGACGCGUCUGCCCUCUGGUGGCUAAAUGAAGUUUUUGCGUCAACCUUGAAUCGUGCCCAUAGGAAAUUGGUUUGAAUCGAAAAGACAGUUUAUCAUUAUAACUGUAAUUAUAAACACUUUAUUAUAAGGAGUGAGACAAUACCAGUAUUUCACAAUUCUGUACUUUUAGUUUGGUUACCAUGAAAUUCACAGAAACACCAAAACAUGAGACAUUUCUAAACUACUCUUUGGUGUUGUUGGUGGCGGUGAUUAAAGGAUCCACUGGAGCGGUUCCGAGUGAAGUAUUGUUGGUGUACAAUGUGUGUGAAUUCAGGAAAGGCCCACAGCAGUAUUAACCAAAGGCACAGAGAGUUCGUUACAGGUGCCUUAUUCUUUGGUCGCCUUCAGAGAAAGAAAAGUAUUCUUUUGAUUUGAUUCUGUUUGAAAAGCUCCUCUUCUGCUCCUGAAGGGAAAAAAAGAACACGAAAAGCCAUACUUCUUUUUUAAAAAUGAAGACUUUGGGUAUUGUUUCAUUUUAAUCUGUGAGGGCUGUUUGUGUUGAACUCCCAUCACAUUUUGGUCUUUGGUUUUGUAACGGUUUCCUUUAAAGACAAACGGAGUCAUGUGAUUUGUUAGUUCACUUUGAAGCUACAGAAACUGGUCACGUCCACAUUCAGUGUAUUCACAAUUAUGUUGUUAGUUUACUGUAUUAAUGAUCUUAAUCAACGCCUUAAUCUUUUCUCACUGAGGUCUGCUAUUGUUGCAAUACACUGUAAACUACCUAAUGUAACAGCUGAUCUUGUAAAUAUUAGCCAGUGCUUCAUGUUUUGCUUUGCAUUUUGCAGAUUUUGCCUACGUAGUGUUUGUUCUGGCUGUAGCGGAGGUCAUUUCUAAAAUCUUUUAACCUAAGCGGUGACUUGAAGUGUGGCUCCACUGAAUGUUUCAGGACUGCAAUCACUGAUCAAGAGAAGAUAUUUUUGCUAGAUUUCUAUUCCCACGUGUAAAUAUUUCAUAUUUACAUGUCAGACAAACAUGCCUUUCUGUGAGCAGCGAUGACUGGAAUGUGACAUGAAUUGGAUCAAACGACGGCCUCGUUCUCCGUCUACUGGGGCACAACCAGAUUGUAUGACGGCUUGCGUGUAAUGUUCAGCCUUCAUCACGUAGUGAUUCUAUUCCAACACUUAUGGCCGUGGCUGCGACAACGUGCCAAUACCGGGUUUUGUAUAAUUUAUUAAUGGAACGCUUACAAACUGAUUGUGUUGUAUACGACACAAAUUAUUUUUUCAAAGACGCAACAAAUCAUGAGAUUUGGCUGUGAGAACUGUAACGUGUUCUAAAGGUUUUACUGCCUCAUGCAUAGUAGUGACACAAACUUUCCGUCUUAAAGCUUCAAAUGUUUGUUUGAGAAGUUAGAUGUAUUUUGCUCCCCGGAUUUUGUCUUAUUUUAAACUUUGUCAAACACAAAUGUUGUGAGACAAUUAAAAACAUAAUAUUUCAACAUUUUA